UAGACUGUAACCCACCUUUUUUAUUGCAUUAAAAAAUGCCUAUUUGAUUUGAGAGAAGGUUUGAUGUUUCUUUUUCACUGACCCAAAAAAAUAAAAUUCAGUCAGUUAGAGCUGUUUGCUUUCUUGCAAGAAAACCACCACCUGACAGGCAGAAAAAUGGCUACAGAGGCAUUGAUGGUGCAAGAUUCUUGGUCUUGAGAGUGGGAAAGCCAGGCCUUUUUGGGGGAAAGAUUUGAUUUUUCUUGGUUUUGUUUUGUGGUUUAGCCAUUUCUCAUAAAAUGGGUGUUGCAAUAUUUGGUUGUUUUUUGGUGGUGACUCUGCUAUUUAGGCCUUUGGUUUGCCAACAGCCCAACACAGAUGAGUCAUUUCUCCUUGAAUUCUUUGCAAAAAUGGGCUUAAACCCACCCCAAAAAUAUGGAUUUUCUGGCUCUUUGUGUUCAUGGAAAGGUGUGGUUUGUGAUGAUGAGGGGGAAAAUGUUGUCAAAUUAGAAGCUUCUGGGAUGGGUUUAUCUGGUGUAAUUCCAGAUACAACUGUUGGGAAAUUGACAAAGCUUGAAUCUUUGGAUCUUAGCAGUAACAAGAUUACUACCUUGCCUUCUGAUUUCUGGAGUUUGGGCUCUCUCAUAAAUCUUAAUCUUUCACACAAUCAAAUUUCUGGGAGUCUUUUUAGUAACAUAGGAAAUUUUGGGCACCUUCAAAGUUUGGACCUUUCAUUCAACAAAUUUAGUGGGAGCAUCCCAGAAACAGUCAGUUCUUUAACCAAGUUGCAGGCUUUGAAUCUCAGUCACAAUGUGUUUGAAUCCGGUGUCCCAUUAGGAAUCUUGCAGUGUUUAAAUUUGGUCUCUGUUGAUCUGUCUGAAAACAAGCUCAAUGGCUCUCUUCCUAGUGGCUUUGGUGCUGCACUGCCGCAGCUCAAGUUCUUGAGCUUAGCAGAAAACGAUAUUCUUGGUCGGGAUUCAGACUUUACUGGGAUGAAAUCGGUGAGGUAUCUGAAUCUCUCAGGCAACUUGUUCAAGGGUUCUGUUUUAGGUGUGUUUGAAGGGGCGUUGGAGGUGGUGGAUUUGAGCAGGAAUCAGUUUCAAGGCCACAUUGCUCAGGUAAACUUCACCUCCACUUUCAGUUGGUCGAAUUUGCUGUAUUUGGAUAUGUCGGAGAAUGAGUUGAGUGGUGAGUUUUUCUUCACUGGAUUGCAUAACCCUGUGAAUCUUAGACACCUUAAUCUUGCACACAACAGAUUCACCAAACAGCAGUUCUUGAUUAAUGUUGAUGUGCUCACACAUUUAGAGUAUCUGAAUUUGUCUGCAACCAAUUUGGUUGGUGAUAUUCCAAGCAACAUCUCACGCCUAACUAGUUUAGCAACCCUUGAUCUCUCUGAUAACCAUCUCAGCAGCCACAUUCCCCCUCUCGUGUCGAAGAGCCUCAAAUUUCUUGACCUUUCACACAACAAUCUAACAGGAGAUAUCCCAUUGGCUGUGAUUGAUGAGCUCCAUGAUAUGGAUAGCUUCAAUUUCUCUUAUAACAACCUUAGCUUUUGUGCUUCCCGGUUCCCCCCCAAAACCCUUCAAGCUUCUUUCAUAGGAUCGACUAAUAGCUGCCCGAUUGCAGCCAACCCGGACUUCUUCAAGAAAAAACCUCCAAAGCAUAGAGGGCUCAAGAUUGCUCUUGCUCUGACAAUCUCCAUGGUGUUUUUGCUCGUGGGGUUGCUCGUUCUAGCCUUUAGAUGUCGUAGGAAAACAAGAAUGUGGGCUGUGAAACAGGAUUCUUACAAGGAGGAGCAGACAAUCUCAGGGCCCUUCUCGUUCCAGACGGAUUCAACCACUUGGGUGGCUGAUGUUAAGCAGGCAACAUCAGUCCCCGUGGUCAUCUUUGAGAAGCCUUUGCUGAACUUCACAUUCGCGGACUUGUUGUCCGCGACUUCUCACUUUGAUCGGGGCACAUUGUUGGCAGAAGGGAGAUUCGGCCCUGUGUAUGGUGGAUUGUUGCCAGGGGGGAUACAUGUUGCCGUUAAGGUUUUGGUCCAUGGUUCCACGAUGACAGACCACGAAGCUGCAAGAGAGCUCGAGUAUCUUGGUCGAAUCAAGCACCCUAAUCUUGUUCCACUAACUGGAUACUGCUUGGCUGGUGACCAAAGGAUUGCUAUCUAUGAUUACAUGGAUAAUGGAAACUUGCAGAAAUUGCUCUACGAUCUGCCACUUGGGAUUCAAACGACGGAAGAUUGGAGCACAGACACAUGGGAAGAUGAGAACAAUGGGAUACAGAAUGUUGGUCCCGAAGGGUCACCAACAACAUGGAGAUUUAGGCACAAGAUCGCUCUUGGCACUGCUCGUGCACUUGCGUUCCUCCACCACGGCUGCUCGCCUCCCAUCAUCCAUAGAGACGUCAAAGCAAGCAGCGUCUAUCUGGACUCUAACUUAGAGCCCAGACUGUCAGAUUUUGGGAUUUCAAAGAUUUUUGGCAAUGGAGCUGAAGAUGAGAUUGCUCGUGGAUCACCAGGGUACGUGCCACCAGAGUUUCUCGAGCCAGAGAGCAGCUCACCGAAGGCUCCAACGCCCAAAUCAGACAUAUACGGAUUCGGAGUCAUCCUAUUCGAGCUCAUCACCGGGAAGAAGCCAGUCGAGGACGUGUAUCAAGAUGAGAAAGAUGCAAACUUGACUAGUUGGGUGAGGGGACUAGUGAGGAGGAACCAAGCAUCACGAGCUAUCGACCCCAAGAUCCGUGGGACAGCUCCCGAUGCACAGAUUAUCGAGGCUUUGAAGAUCGGAUACCUUUGCACAGCUGAAAUCCCUUCCAAGAGGCCUAGCAUGCAACAGGUAGUUGGCCUGCUCAAGGAUCUUGAACAAAUUACACAGCAGUGAAAGACAUUUGAACAAAAUCAUGCUCUUUUUUCUUUUUUCAAUUCCUUCUUUUGUUUAUUUUUAGUAUCAUGAGCUCUAUGCUGCCAUGAUUAGAUUGUAUAGCAGCCUGAGUUUUGCUUUCUGUGAUUGUGGCUAAAAAUAUCAAAUGUUAUGUUC